AUGAAAUAUUUUUCAAAAUCAACAAGAAAAUUAUUGAUAACUUCUUGUAGUUAUUCAAGCAGGCUACGAACAUAUGAACCUCAUCAGUUUUUUGUAGGAGAAAAAGACAGAUUCAAUGGUGUUACUAUUAAUACUGAUAAAGAAAAUUUUGAUAAAACUUGUUUUACUCAAAGACUUGAAGCCUCUAUAGGAAAAUGGGCAUCAGAAAGAAAACGGUGCAUUUGGUUUAAAGUUAAUAUUAAAGAUGCCCAUUUUGUUCCAGUUUUAGCAGAUAAAGGGUUUAAUUUUCAUCAUGCUAGAGAUAACUUCGUGAUGAUGUAUAAAUGGCUACCCAAUGAUUCGGAGCCGAAUCUGCCACCAGCAAGUCAUACAAAUCUGGGAGUUGGAGCUUUGGUGUUCAAUAGUAAAAAUCAACUUUUGGCUAUAUCGGAAAAACAUUAUGAAUAUCCUCAUUGGAAACUUCCAGGUGGCUAUGUAGAAAGAGGUGAAGAUAUUAUAGAUGCAGCUAAAAGAGAAGUGAAAGAAGAGACAGGGGUUAAUACAUCAUUUCUGUCUUUGCUUACAUUCAGACAUCAGCACAAUAUGAUGUUUGGUAAUUCUGAUAUAUAUAUACUUCUCAUGAUGAAGGCUCUUUCAGAAAAAAUUAUAUUGUCACAUAGAGAAGUCAAAGAUUGCAAAUGGAUGGAAGUAGAGGAAUAUGUUAAUCACCCUCAUGUUCAUCAGUUUAAUAGGCUGGUCAUACAAAAAGCAAAUUAUUAUAUUAAGAAACAUUUAAAAUUGGAUUUAGAGAAAACCACUGUUAAGUGGGCACAGUUAACAAGAGAAAUGACUUAUUUAUCUGUAAAUGACUAUGAUUAUAAUAAUUAA